AUGCUGGCCGCCCAGCUUCUCUCCGGUGCACUGCUGUUACACUUCAUUCUGUCCCUCCAUUCCUUGCCACUACCUGACGGGAAAGCCAGCCACAGGUACAAAGCGACAGCGGCAUGGUCCCAGAAGACUCAUCACUAUGGUCUGAAGAAGAGAGGGAGACUGCCACACAUACAGGACACUGUGAAAGAACCUGACAUUAAGAGUGGGCAUACAUGGACAGCACUGUCUAAGAAUGGCACAGAUUUUUGGAAACGACCCCGUUGUGGAGUUCCAGACUAUCCCACACAGAAGGGUGCUAGUGCCCAGGACUACGGACACAAAGGCACCAUGCGUGGGGGACAUCACAGACAAAAACGCUUUGUACUGUAUGGAGGGCGCUGGGAGAAAACUGACCUUACUUACAAGAUUGUACGCACACCAUGGCAGAUGAGCUUAGACAAAGUCCGAAGUGUCCUCCAGGAAGCAAUGCAAGUGUGGAGUGAUGUCACACCUCUGACCUUUACAGAAGUCACCAGUGGCAGAGCUGACAUUGUCAUUGACUUCACCAGGUACUGGCACGGAGAUAACCUUCCGUUUGAUGGCCCCGGAGGAAUUCUGGCCCAUGCCUUCUUUCCAAGAACCUACCGGGAAGGAGACAUCCACUUUGACUAUGAUGAAACUUGGACUGUUGGCAACAGUAUGGGUACCGAUCUGCUCCAGGUGGCAGCCCAUGAAAUCGGACAUGUACUAGGCUUGCAACAUUCCUUGGCACCUGGCUCUGUGAUGUCACCAUUCUACAGCUUUUCCUACCCACUGCAGCUGAGCGAAGAUGACAAACGAGGUAUUCAGUACCUCUAUGGCGCCCGCCAGUCAAACGACAGAGAACAAGAAAAAGAGCGGCAGCGUGAGCUGGAACGCAAACGCGAGCUAGAACGGCAGCGCGAGCUUGAACGUGAGCAAGAACGCAAACGGGAAAGAGAACGUGAACGUGAACGGGAGCUGGAACAGGAACGGGAACGUGCACGUGAACGGGAGCUGGAACAGGAACGGGAACGUGCACGUGAACGGGAGCUGGAACAGGAACGGAAACGUGCACGUGAACGGGAGCUGGAGUUGGAGAGGGAACGGGAACGGGAACGGGAAUGGGAACGUGAACAGGAGCGUGCACGAGAGCGAGAACGGCAGUGGAAAUGGGAACGCGAACAAGAAAGACAAAGGGAAAGAGAACGAGAACAAGAAAGACAGUGGGAACAAGAGCGAGACCGCCAACGCCAACAAGAACUUGAGCGAGCCAUAAGACCGCCUGCAAUAUCAGAGACCAACGAGAUUUUUAGCACUGUACCUGAUGUGUGUCACACGGACUUUGAUGCAGUGUCUAUGAUCAGAGGGGAGCUGUUUUUUUUUAAGUCAGGUUAUGUGUGGCGUAUCCGUGACGGACAACUUCAGGCUGGGUAUCCUGCACUGGCUUCACGACACUGGAGAGGAAUUCCUGAUCACAUUGACGCCGCUUUUGAGGAUCGUUCUGGAAACAUCUGGUUUCUUCAAGGUCAGAGUUACUUGGUCUUCGAUGCAGAGCGUCAGAUUGCCGGGCCAGAUUCUAUACAGAGGUUGGGUCUCUCGGUUCUGGACAUCCAAGCUGCUCUGAUGUGGGGGGAGGAUAAGGCUCAGAAGGUCUACUUCUUCAAAGAAGGCAGCUAUUGGCGCUUCAACACUCAGGAGAACCGUGUAGACACAGCACACCCACGCAGCAUGCAGGACUGGAGGGGCAUUCCAAAUGAUAUUGAUGCAGCUUUCCAGGACCGCUAUGGUUAUGCUCAUUUUCUAAAAGGACAGCAGUACUGGAAGUUUGAUCCAGUGAAAGUGAAGGCACUGGAAGGUUACCCACGCUACAUUGGGAUGGAUUUCUUUGGCUGCUCUCCAUCUAUGUAUCGAUAG